AUGACAACCUCUCAAAUCUUUUUCAAACCGGAUGAUCUAAACCUAUCGACAUCAACUGAAGCUACCGUGGAUGAAGAUGACGGAUGGUACAUUCCUCCCUGGGUUCCUGGAAUAGCAGGGGUUGGAAUGAGUGUUCUGAUACUGCUUGCUGUGGUCGGCAACCUCCUUGUCAUCAUCUCCUACUUCAGAGACAAACAACUACAGACUGUCCACAACCUCUACAUACUCAAUCUGGCUAUAGCAGAUCUCUUCCUUGGAGCCAUCAGCAUGAUCUUCUAUGCGGAUUUUACACUCAAAUCCUGGAAUUGGGCGUUUGGUCGAGUGUUCUGCAAGAUAUGGUGCGUUAACGAUUAUACAAUGUGCUUGAUGUCUGUGCUGCUAAUUCUCCUUCUGAGUCUUGACAGAGUCAUCCUUCUUAGAAAUGGAGCAGAGUAUAUUGCCAAAGAAACCAAGAAGGUGGCAAUGGUGAAGAUAAGCAUUGCCUGGGUCAUAGCGUUUGGGAUAUAUGGACCUUGCGUGAUCUUCUGGGACAUCGUGACAGGAUAUAGUGUCAUUGAAAAAGAAAAUUGUGAUGCUGAAUUUAUCAGAGAUCUACACUUUACCCUUAUCACGGCAGUAUUCGAACUGACUCUUCCUUUCAUUGCUCUAUUCUGCCUCAAUCUUGUGGUUUUCAUCGCUAUUAGGAAUAGGUUGAGGAUCUUCCCCAAAGCAAAUGAUCCAGCGGGUGUACAUUGUGAUCGUUCGCAAUAUAUGGUUGAUGAAAGGGUAAGAAAGCCUGAUGGCGAAACACACGAAGGAGAAUCAUCAACUGAACACACAAAUAUCAGAUCUAUUGAUAAUCCCUUGCAAAAAGAAACACAGACGGGUAAAUCUCAGCACUCCGGAUGCAACGAUUGUUCCAGGUUUCCGAGUUGCUCUACGAAUCCAAUCACAUCGAAACAAACGAAAGCCAGAAAGGAUCUGAAGGCAGCGAAGUCUUUGGCUGUGCUUGUAAUAACCUUCUUCAUCUGUUGGGCACCAUAUACCAUCGCCACUGUCGUACUCGCACAAUGUGACGACUGUCUCAACAGGCAUGUGUAUGAGUUCUUUACUUGGCUCCUGUGGGCUAAAUCGUCCAUCAAUCCAUUUCUGUAUGCAUCUCAGAGUAAACGAUUCAAAGAAAACUUCUUCAAACUUCUCCCCUUUCUGAAAUUCUGCAAGAAAUAUCGCGAGUGA